AUGUCUGUCGAGUUGAGUCGAGCCCGCUGUCGAGCCUUGCUGGACGGCGUUGAUAUUCGUCACGCACAGCACGGACCGAGGGCUAUCUGGAUACAUACAAACGCAAAAUGUGCCGCCCAGCCCCACCUGGGUGGCCCCGGAUCCUCCCCGAUAGUACUCCAGUCACGGCGUCUCACUAUCAAGACGCUCUCUAAGCAGAGUUCGCGAGCCUUUUGGCACCGUAUAAUUACUCUGUCGUCGUUACUCCACGGUCCAAGCCUUACCCAGCCCCCAUUUACGCCGCUGGAGUGCUGUCUGGAGCCUAGGAACAUGGAGGACACCAAGCAUUCUGACGACAGUCAUCCCGAGCGGCCACUCGCGCCCUCCGAUGCGAGUGACGCACGAGCAGAAGACACGACCGCUACGCAAGCACCCGAACAGUGGAAGUCAGUGGCGGCUGAGGGCACCCCAGCACUGACCUCUGACAUACACGGAACUCCAAGUUCCGAGCGCGCAGCGGAAGCGAGCGCCGACGAUGACGAAGAUCUCGAUUACGAUGAAUUCAGGCCUCGAGGGCCUGUGCAGCACACCGUGAAGGCGAACACGAAGGGUGGAACGAAACGAUGA